AUGGCAGCAAAUAAAACAGACAGCAGCAUUGUUUGCUACGCACCGGCUAUGAUAACCACUAAUGGUAUAUGGCAAGGUGACAACCCUUUGGAUUACUCUCUCCCUCUCUUCAUUCUGCAAUUAACUCUGGUUGUGGUUACUACUCGAAUUUUUGUUUACAUUCUCAAGCCCUUUCGCCAACCCCGUGUUGUCUCUGAAAUUCUUGGUGGGGUGAUGUUGGGUCCAUCGGUGCUUGGUCGUAGCCUGGAAUUUGCCAAUACAGUAUUUCCUCUCAGAAGUGUAAUGGUGCUGGAGACAAUGGCAAAUGUUGGUCUCCUUUAUUUCUUGUUCCUUGUUGGAGUGGAGAUGGAUCUUUCAGUCAUUCGACGAACAGGGAAAAAGGCCUUGGCCAUUGCUGUUGCUGGCAUGGUCAUCCCUUUCCUAAUUGGUGUCAUUUUCUCAAUUCUCUUGCACAGACAAGAAGAUGGAAUGACUCAAGGCACAUACAUUCUUUUUCUAGGGGUGGCUCUUUCAGUCACUGCAUUUCCUGUGCUGGCUCGUGUUCUUGCAGAACUCAAGCUCAUUAACACGGAGCUUGGGCGGAUAGCCAUGUCCUCCGCACUUAUCAACGACAUGUGUGCUUGGAUUCUUUUAGCCUUAGCCAUUGCCUUGGCAGAGAAUGAAUCUGGUUCUUCCUUGUCAUCUCUCUGGGUGGUACUUUCUAGUGCAGCCUUUGUUGUUUUCUGUGUUUUCGCAGUUAGACCUGCCAUAUGGUGGAUUAUUCAGAAGACACCAGAAGGUGAAACCUUUAGUGAUUUCCAUAUCUGUCUCAUCCUCACUGGGGUAAUGAUCUCAGGCUUUGUCACAGAUGCCAUUGGCACACAUUCUGUUUUUGGAGCUUUUGUGUUUGGCUUGGUAAUUCCUAAUGGACCUCUUGGUGUUACCCUCAUAGAAAAGCUGGAGGACUUUGUUUCAGGCCUUCUGCUCCCUUUGUUUUUUGCCAUUAGUGGGCUCAAAACUGAUAUAUCAUCCAUCAAAGGUGCUGACACUUGGGGAGUUCUCUUCCUUGUCAUCUUCCUAGCUAGCACUGGCAAAGUUAUAGGUACUCUUAUUGCAACAUUUCUCUACAAGAUGCCAAUUCGAGAAGGACUUACUCUUGGCUUUCUCAUGAACACUAAAGGCCUAAUUGAAAUGAUCAUCCUCAAUGUUGGCAAAGACCAAAAGGUUUUAGACGAUGAAUCAUUCGCAACCAUGGUGGUUGUAGCUGUAAUUAUGACGGGACUCAUCACGCCUGUUGUGUCCAUUAUUUACAGGCCAACAAAGAGGUGCAUUUCAUACAAAAAACGAACUAUUCAGAGAGCAAAACCAGAUAAUGAAUUACGAGUACUAGUCUGCAUCCACACUCCUAGAAAUGUUCCAACAAUCAUUAACCUCCUCGAAGCCUCUAAUCCCACCAAGAAAUCCCCAAUAGGCGUUUAUGUUCUCCAUCUUGUUGAACUCACUGGUCGUGCAUCAGCCAUGCUCAUCGUUCAUAACACCCGGAAGUCUGGCCGCCCAGCACUUAACAGAACACAAGCUCAAUCAGAUCAUAUCAUCCAUGCUUUUGAAAACUACGAGCACCAUGCAGGCUGCGUUUCUGUUCAGCCCCUUACUGCCAUUUCUCCUUACUCCACCAUGCAUGAAGACAUCUGCAAUUUGGCUGAAGAUAAACGUGUUGCCUUUGUAAUCAUACCUUUCCACAAGCAACAGACUGUUGAUGGAGGGAUGGAAGCCACAAAUCCAGCAUUCAGAACAGUAAACCAGAAUGUACUAACAAAUGCACCUUGCUCUGUUGGGAUCCUGGUGGACAGAGGCCUCAAUGGGUCUAGUAGGUUGUCUGCAAACCAAGUAUCUCACUUUGUUGCUGUACUCUUCUUUGGUGGACCGGAUGACAGAGAAGCAUUAGCAUAUGGAUGGAGAAUGUCAGAGCAUCAAGGUGUCACUCUUACUGUAAUGCGAUUUCUUCCUGGUGAAGAUACAGUUGAAGUAACAGCAGGGGAUCCAAUCAAUCAUUCUGGUUCGAUUAUGAGAGAAUUAAGUCAGCAAGAGAGGGAGAGACAACUUGAUGAUGAGUACAUAAAUGAGUUCAGGACCAAGAACAUGAACGAAUCAAUUAUUUAUACAGAGAAGAUAGCGAAUAAUGGGGAAGAAACUGUAGCAGUAAUAAGAUCAAUGGACAAUUCCCAUGACUUGUUUAUCGUAGGGAGAGGAGAAGGAGUUGUAUCACCUUUAACUGCAGGACUCACAGAUUGGAGUGAGUGCCCGGAGCUAGGUGCCAUUGGAGACUUGCUUGCAUCGUCAGAUUUUGCAGCAACAGUUUCAGUUCUGGUGGUGCAACAGUAUGCCGGCUUAGAACAACAUGAAGAGGGGAUUGACAUGCCUGACAGCCCAGUUCAGCAAGAUGAUCAACCCAUAACUUGGCAACAAACAAAUUUUAGGGGAUCAAAUAUGUACAACAAUUCUAAUUAAAACCCUAGAGUUCUACAAGUAAAGAGGAUUAGCUUUUGUCAUGUACAACAUCUCUUUUAAAAAACCCACUUUCAAGUUACUCCCCAACCUCAUGUAAAUUGUAGAAAUAAACACAGACCAAACAAACAUCAAACUUAGCAAUGAAGAAACGAAUAACCAUUUAUACCCAAAAACACCAGGAGCACAUCAAACAAAAAAUUUACAGACAGAAACCAGUCAUGGUAACCCAACAGUCCAAAUGAAGAGGGGGCUUUUACUUUCCAAAAAGAUAGGAAAUUUUAAUAUUCUGUAUCUUCAUUUUAGAUCACAAUAGAAUUUUAGUACUCUGCUUUUGAAGCA